AUAGUGAUAGACUGCACUGAUAUCGAGUUUGCAGCACCUGUGCUGAUGAGUCAGCAAAGUGCAACACACUCUUCUUACAGAGGAAUGAAUUCAUUCAAAGUCAUUAUUGGUGUUGCACCCAAUGCUGAAAUAACCCAUGUAAGCAAGUUAUACAUGUUUCAUUCACCAAUAAAGCCAUUAUACAGGAGUCAGGCCUCCUCAAUCACUUAACUCCUGGGGAUAUGAUUCUAGUGGACAAAGGGUUUCUUAUUCAGGACAUUGUGCCCCAUGGAGUUUCAGUUAACAUCCCACCUUUUCUAAACAAAGGGGCUUUCACAGAGAGUGAGGCCAAAGCUACAAAGGGAAUGGCGAGGUGCCACAUACAUAUAGAAAGAGCAUGUGCAUGGCUAAAAGACUUCAUAAUCUUAACCUUCAUCCCCUCCUACCUUUGUUGUUACUCUGAUAUUCUGUUGAAGCUGAGUGCUGCUCUUGUUAAGUUUUGAAUGAAGAAUUGAAUUUCCAUUAGUCAUGGAAAGGUGUGAAGAUAAGGUUUUUGAAUAG